UUAUAUUUUUUCUCCAACAGUGUUCCAUCUCAGUUCGUUUUACCUUCGCCUAUGUCUUUUCUUGUAGAGACGAAGAAAAAGUGAAAAACAAAACAAAAGCAAACAGAACCUGGCUUUGGCGAUCGGGUUUAUAAACCAAAAAAACCGCACCGCGAGGGCGAAGUGGAAGAGAGAAAGGGUCUCGUAGAAAGGGCAUUGCUGUAAUUUCCCAAGCGACCCUCUCUCUUUCUUCCUCAUGUUCACAUCCAACCACUUGAACAGCAACACCAUCAACAGCAACAGCGACACCACCUUUCUCUCCGUUGGUGGCGGUGGCAAGUGCAAGUUCUGGUUAAUGGCGGCUGUGGCCUCGCCCUCUACUCCGGCGGUGGUUUUCACCGCUCUCGCCGGCGUCGCCAUCGUCGCCGUGAUUUUCUACGGCGCCAGUAGGUAAAACAGAAAAUUUUAGAAAAUCGAAUUAGAGCGUCCAAAACCCUAACUCCGAUUUCGUUCCACUUAGCCGAAGGGAAAGCUUCUAUCUGUAUAUGUACAAAUAACUAUAUUUAUUAAAAAGAUAGCAAGUAUUGUUAUUUUUGUAACUAUUAUAGAUUAUAGAUGAAUCCUCGUGGACGAAGCCACAAUCCAUCUUUGAAUUCGUCUCCUCCUCCUUCACCUUCUCCUAAUUCUAAUUCUUCUUCUUCAUCCUCUUCUUCAACGUCGUCGUCUUGGACCCCUUUGCGUUCGGUUCUAUUCGUUGUUUCCUCUUCCUCACCGGCUUCUUCUUCUCGUUCUCCCUUCAAUCGGGGCCGGCUUAAAUCACCAUGGUCACAAAGGAGAAGAAAACACGCACUGUCAUCUCAUCAAUGGAAAUCCUUGUUUACAGAAGAUGGUAAAUUCUGUGAUGGUGGAAAUAAGUUCCUGAGAAGAGUGCGCAGUGGAGGUGUUGAUCCUAGUAUUAGGGCUGAGGUUUGGCCAUUCUUGCUUGGAGUGUAUGACUUAGGCAGCACCAAGGGUGAAAGAGAUGUUAUAAGAACUCAAAAUAGAAAGCAGUAUGAAAAACUCCGCAGACAAUGUCGGAGACUCAUCAAGCAAAGUAAUGAGCAAAAUAAGUUAAAUGAAGUCGGUGAAAUCAGCUUUGAGGGAGAUGGUAAACUUCUGUCUCAAGAUUCUGGUUCUGCCAGUUCUGAUGAUGCAGCCAGUGCUAGGGAAUCUCUUUCUAGUGAGGAUAGAAGCUCUGAUGUUGACCGUUCCGACGAUCUGUCCAGUGCCCUGUUGGAAGGAGAAGAUGUGAAUAACGCUGAUGCCUCUACAUUGGAUACUGAUUUCUCUGAUUCAGACUCCUCUGAAGGUCCUGAAGUAAUUCAGGCAGUUCCUUCUGAUGAUGUUAAGGAACGUAACAAUCCAGACAAAGCUUCCCAGGAAGUAUCUUCUAUCACAAAAGCAAAAAUCCCAUCAAAGGCACCAACCAAUGAAGAUUUUUCCACCUGGCAACGAAUCAUCCGACUCGAUGCAGUACGUGCUAAUGCUGAAUGGAUGUCAUGUUACCCAUCUCAAGCCUCGGUAUCAGAAAGUAGGGCACGUCGAAGUGCUGAGGCUGUUGGCUUGAAGGACUAUGGUCACCUAGAGCCUGGCAGAAUCUUCCAUGCUGCUCGACUUGUUGCUAUUCUUGAAGCAUAUGCUCUCUAUGAUUCUGACAUUGGCUACUGCCAAGGUAUGAGUGACCUGCUAUCUCCUAUAGUUAGUGUUAUAUCAGAGGAUCAUGAGGCUUUCUGGUGUUUUGUUGGAUUCAUGAAGAAGGCACGGCAAAAUUUUAGGCUUGAUGAAGUGGGUAUUCGCAGGCAACUGGAUUUAGUUGCAAAAAUAAUCAAGUUUAAGGAUGCCCACCUUUUUAGGCAUUUGGAAAAGCUUCAGGCUGAGGAUUGUUUUUUUGUCUAUAGAAUGGUGGUGGUAAUGUUUCGAAGGGAAUUGACAUUUGAACAGACCCUUUGCCUAUGGGAAGUGAUGUGGGCAGAUCAAGCGGCAAUAAGAGCAGGUAUUGGGAAAUCUUCGUGGAGCAGAAUUAGGCAGCGUGCUCCACCAACAGAAGAUUUAUUACUUUAUGCAAUAGCAGCUUCGGUGUUGCAGAGAAGGAAAUUGAUCAUUGAGAAGUACAGCAGCAUGGAUGAGAUCAUUAAGGAAUGCAAUAGUAUGUCUGGUCAUCUUGAUGUUUGGAAACUGCUUGAUGAUGCACAUAACUUAGUGGUCAUCCUGCAUGACAAAGUAGAGACAUCAUUCUCAUGACUCCAAUAAACACUCUACUUUUCAUUGUUAUGGUAAAAAAAUUCAUCUUAGGCUGCCGGAUUUCUCCUCUGCAUCUAAAAUAAGCACUGGAGCUGCAAGAGCUUUUUGCAUACUACUCUGAGGUAUUUGCUUGAUUGUGUCGAUAACGGUGGCUAAUGUGUGGAUGGUUUCUUCAAAUGGGAAUGUUGUCUUUUUUUAUUCGAGUCGGGAGAUUUUUCCUUCUUGGGCUCUGCCAACAUCCGUGCCAUCUGAAUAUCUUCGAACCAUUCUUCCCCUUCAUUUCUAUGGUUGGUUUUCGAAGGUUAAGUGACGAGUUCAAAUUCUUAAACAGUUAAGUGACUUAACUGGUCUUAGAUUCAACGACAUCAUUUAGCGUUUGAUUGGAUUAGUAACUGUUAGUUUGAGUUUUCCUCGGGAUCAAUUAAUUAUGGUCUUAAAUUUUUUUAGGACAAUAACAUGUUAAAAGUGUAAUGUUGGAAGACACGCUUCUCUAAAACAUUUUUGUAACAGUUGGAAAAGUUCAUUUUUAUUAUUUCUUAUCAGUUCUGAAGAA